UCAGGGGUCCGAUGGGCAUCGUCUAGGCAUUUUAUGUAAAUUCAUUUUUUUCCCCACAAUAAAAAGAAAAUAGUUCAAUUGAUCCGUGGACGAUUGUAAUGGUGAUCUGUAGUUUAUGAUAAUCCGUGGUGGUAGCCUUUGCUGGAAGUAGGUGUGACCUUAAUUACACAGUGAAUGUUUUUUAUUUAAUUACACCAACUUUCAUAAAUGUGUGACAUAUGUAGUGGCAGUGUUUAUUUUUAAAAGAUUUUGCAAUUAUGGAUAGGCGCCUGUGAAAAGACUGUUAUGCAGCUGAUCAGGGAAGACGUUGAUGUCAGAGUGGGCCUGGAAGAUUCAGCAAAUUGCCCACUUUUCCUGCAUGUUCUAUGGAUACAUCCCAUGUAGAAGGUAUCAUCAGUGUCCUGCAGGCCCAAGAUCUUGCUGAUCGUGGCGCAGUUAGAAAUGUAAGCCCUGCAGUUGCGCCAGAAGAGAAACUGUCCAACAUCAAGAUUGAUCCCAAUGACAGCGAACUGGAGCUACAGAUAGCCCUCAAGAAAGCACAGAGACUGAAGCUGCAGGAGGCUGUUACAGAAUCAAAGGACAGAGUAGAAAAGGUGGCAGAGUCAGUACUGGAGAGAAACUCAGAAGAAAACUCGGAAGGUGGUUCCAUUGUGCUGAAUGCUACUGCAGAAUUCUGCCGUACGUUAGGUGACAUCCCCCUUUAUGGUCUGGCUGGCAACAGGGAUGAGGACGCUGAGGAACUACUUGACUUUGAGAGGGAAAUGAUUGAAGAGAAGAAACAUCAGGAAGAAGAAGGCAGACGUGGAGCUUGGAAUGAAGUUGAGAUUGAUACCUGUCUCAUGAAUUUCAUGGAAAGGGACCUGGCAAAAAUAAAGUGGAGAAACGAAUGAAGAAAACUGAACAGGAGGGAGGCAACUAUCU